GUAGCGUUGCAGUUUUGUGAAAACGUAACUCAUUGUCACUUUUUAUGCUCAAUAUGGAGUCCAAUCAGGAAGCAAAUGAAACACAACAAAAUGACAAACAAGCGACCGUUUCUUCGAAUCAGGAGGGCAAAUCAUACGCAAAAAAUCCUCCACGAAUAAGUAAAGACAAUCUUUACAUGAUCAUCGCUCUGUGGAUGGAAGAUUUUGUAGAUGAAGCCCCAGAGCAUCACAAACAAGUUGGAGCAGUGCUCGUGUCCCCAAGCGAUGUCAUUUUUGCCGCUGAUUGUUCACGAGAUGAUGUCCACGCCGUGGCCAGACUGUUGAUCAAACACAGAGGCAAAACCGAGGGUUGUAAGAUGUUUAUGUCUCGAAAGCCAUGUCCGCUCUGCGCGAAGCUUUUGGUUCAAUCCAAAGUGAAACGAGUUCUCUUCCUGCCGACCCGAGAACCAGAAUACAAUUUGGACAGGAAUGUGUGCAACACGGAGCACAUGAGACAAGUGGAUACUUUGUUCACCGCAAGCUCCAUUGCUCAGACAAAGUUUGUCUUGCAAGUCGAGGAUCCCGUGAUCGCAGAAGCAAGUGAAUCCCUUAAAGGAAAUGAAGAGACUUGUAAAGAGGGAUCAGUUGAGAAUUACAGCGCUUUUGAAGAGAAUUCUGAAUGGAUUGAACUUAACAAAACAAUGAUGGAACAAAUUGAAGAAUACUUCAAAAAAGUCAAGGAGUGGUUAGCAGUAGUCCUAGUUCAGCCAGGUGAUCGUGAACUAAAGCUCUACAAUGCCAAAACUGAGGAACGUAAGCACCACACCAAACAUGACCAACGUUUCAUGGAAAUUGCAAGAUUUCUCGCCCAACGCACGGAUGACCCAGAAAUUGGUGUUGGUGCGGUGAUCGUCAGUCCAGAGAAUGAAAUUCUCGCGUUUGGUUGGAAUGGCUUUCCUUUUAAAGCACAUUACGGAGAGUUUCCAAGAGCUUCCAGCAAAGCGGGUAAAGAUACACCAGAUAAGAAGUAUCCGUAUAGCAUUCACGCCGAGCAAAAUGCACUCUUGAUGCGGAAUACAAAGAAUUUGAAAGAUGCAGUAUUGUAUGUGACAAAAUCCCCGUGUGACGAAUGCGCUCCCUUGAUUGCAAUGGAAGGAAUCAAAACCGUGUUCGUUGAUGGUAAAGUCGAGCGUAGGAAACCACUAGAGCGGCACCAGUUGGGUCAUAAGUUGGGCUACAACUGGUUUGUCGAUAAGGUCGAUGACGGCACAUUCACUUGUUUCAAAAACAUAGCGAAAAGUAACAAGUAACAUGGCGGCGAAAAGUAACAUAGCGAAAAGUAUAAAACUGAUACAUAGUGAUAGAAAUAACAAGUUUUUUGCCUUUAGUAAUUUUGAAUAAAUAGUUAUUUAUAACCUACCGAUUUAAUCAAACUUGUGCAAUUUUUGAA